AUCAAGUUAUAAAAAUCUACAGAGCUGCGAGUGACCUACAUUCAUUUAACUUUUGUUUUUUAUCUCAUCUUCUAAAGCAAUACAGAAAACAAACUCGCGUCAUGAUGCUUUUUGUUUACAUGUAUAUUUUUGUUUUCUGUUUGAUAAGGGAUUCAAAGGGAUUGGAAAAUCUAGCUCUCGGGAAACAUGCUGUUCAAUCUUCCACUCAUCGUAUAGGCUGGGGACCCGAGAAAGCCGUGGAUGGGAAUAGAUUGACCCACGUGUAUAGUAACUCAUGUGCCGUAACCCAGAUCGGGCAAACUAACGCCUCCUGGUACGUAGAUCUGGAGAAGAUUGUGGGAAUCCACCAAGUCAAGAUAUACUACAGAGAAGAGCAAUACUGGGUCACCCAUUACAGGGGACGAUUCGCGGGGUUUUUCCUCUACAUAUCUAACGAUACAGACCGACAUAACGGCAAGCUUUGUUAUCACUCGCUGCAGGCGAGACCGGGAUACCCCACCCCCGUCAUGACGCUGACGUGUAACACGUGGGGCAGAUACGUCAUCAUUUACAAUGAAAGAAAUCCGGAAGUCACAUAUCCGCCAUUUUAUUCAAACAUCGCCAUCUUAGAAUUGUGCGAGGUUGAAGUUUACGGUUGUUCUAACACUCUACAGAGUGAAGGAGAGUGUGUGGAUUGUCCCACCACGUGUAAAGAUGGACUCUGCAAUGUAACAACGGGCACUUGUUACUCUUGUCCUCAUGGCUUUACUGGUGAUUACUGCAAUGAAACUUGCGGACCUGGUAGUCAUGGGCAUCUCUGUUCUGGUGAAUGUGGAUUUUGUAGAAACGGAGAACCCUGCAAUCACGUGACAGGAUUUUGUCUGAAUGGAUGCGCAAAUGGAAUGCGCGGAGAUAAAUGUACAGAUGUUUGUGGACCUGGUACUUACGGACAAAAUUGUACAAAGGAGUGUGGGAUUUUCUGUAAAAGGUCACGUGUUUGUCAUCACGUGACAGGAAAAUGCCAUAACGGAUGUAAAAAGGGAUUCAGUGGAGAUACAUGCGAUGAAACUGAAGCAUUCCCUUUCGGAGUUGAUUUUAUAUAUGGUUUAAUUGGAUUGACUAUAACUGUCAUCGUGUUGAAUAUUGCAUACUUCACGGUACUUCUACUGAAGAGAUUUAGAAAGAAAACUGGUGGCAUCUUGACCAUAAAUUUCAAACAUCCAAAAUAUACAUUUAACAACAAGGCAUUCAAGUCCGGAGGCGAAGGGUACUACAACGAAGGACUACAAGAUGGUCUUGUGGAAAAUAUAUACGACGAAUAUGAAAACAGCCCUUAAAGUCCUCGAAGGAUUAUUCAGGAUUUUUUAAAAAAAAAAUUACGAGUUGAAGUAUAUCUACCAGGAGAUAAAUGCAUUUAACCUAGCUACAAUGAGGCUAGGGACAUUUAUAAAAAUGUCAUAAAAAAGCAGCGAGAAUCCAUAUAUUGAGUUUUUUUUUAUUCUUUUAAACACAUGACAUGUAGAUACAAUGAACGUUAUUAAGUUUGGUGUGUAAAUCACAAAUAUGAAUUAUAACUACGUGACAGGUCUGUCUGUUUUACACACCAAAAACUAAGAAAAACAAAAAAAAAAUAUCAUUUACAUGUACAUGUAACUAUGUUAGUUAUCACAUAUUUCAUUUCAUCCUGAGGUGCUAUUUCAUUUCUUUUAUCAAAUAAAUAUAUGCAUCGUUCUUCUUAUAAUAUAAUAUGUCUUCAAUGGGUUGCUUACAUCGAUUCUAAAAUGCUUUUUGAUUUUAGAAAAAAAAUGUUCCAAUAACUAAAAGAAAAUUAUUCAUGAAAAGAAGAAAAAGACAAUAAUAUCAUUUUAUAACAUAAAUGAAUGACAGAUUGAAUCCAGCUUUAAACGGCAUGUAACAGUAGAUGCUUAAAAACUUAAUAUUUUAGCAUUUUCUACUGGUUUUUACCGUAUUUGAUUAAAAACUGUUAAAUAAAGUAGUUACAUAUAGACCAUAAUUUACAUUCAUGAAUGUAGCAACAAAAGCUCUAUGUGAUUGAUUGGUAAAAAAGCUUAAUAUUC